AUGGUUGUACUCGACAAACUUCCGAAUAUGGACGUUACUAUCGAAAUAAAUGGAGCGGAAGUUCAGGAAUACAAUGACGAUGAGGAAUUAGAGGUUGGAUCGGGACCGAUUGCCAAUCAUCAAGCCCUCAGAACAGUGUCCAGAUAUAUUGAAGCUAUUGAUGGUGCUGAGUUUAGCAUUAAAUUCUUUGCGUCACCCCAAUUCAAGAUGAACUCGCCGAAUCUCCAAAUAGACAUUUCAGUUGACGGCAAUCUUUCCGAAUCAACAUUGUUUGGACUAGUUCAAAUAGGACUGCCUCUGAUAGUUGAUGGUCCAAUAAUUUUCCACCCAUCAUCAAGAGAUGGACCAGAACGAUGGGCAGUACGAAAGUUUAGGUUCUCGAAGCUUGAUAUCUCAAGUGAGGAGUCUCGACUCUCAACCUUGAACAAAGACACGGCUGAAGCCGAAAAGGUUGGUACAAUUGAAGUCAGAAUAUGGCAAGUGUCCGCAGGGACACCAGUAGCACCCCGUGCGACUGAACAUAAAAUUAGCGCCGACAAUAAGUUUCAUGAAAAGGCGCUCAAAGGUCAGGCCAAAUCCCACAAUGUCUCGUAUUCUGGAGAAACCCCUUAUUCUGCUACAAAAAAGGUUAUAGUAGAAAAAAUCGAUGGCAACGAUUAUCCUAUAGCCAUAUACAAGUUCAAAUACCGGUCCAAAGAAUCUCUCAAGCAGUUAUUCAUCAUUGAGCGAACUCCCGAGUUGGAGGACACCCCAGCCCCGGACCCAGAAUUAGACGUUGACCUCGAGAAUUUGUCAACUGCUCAACGGGAACGACUCAAGGCGUUUCUACGCGUUGAAGGCAUUGCUGACCGUUCAUCCAACACUCCUGAGAGAAAAGUCAAACGCGAGCGGGAUAAUGGAGAAGGUAGUGCAAACCAAGCACGACGAAAGAAGUCUAAAACUACACAGUUCGUUGAUCUUACUGCCGAUUCUGACGAAGAUGAGUAG